AUGAGCAAUGGUGUACGACUCAGCCUGAAAAGUGUACAGUUUCGAGUCACUGGCAAGGGUAAAGUGGAGUUGGGUAAUAAAGUUUUUGGAAAAUGGGUACAAAUAGCUCGAAUGAGCGGAGAUAUUAAACUUUCACAUAGAGUUUACACACCAUCUGAGAAAUCUGGACUUCCUCAAGCGAGAAAUACAGAAGAGGAGUUAGAAAUUGCCGAAGUAGAAAACAAAGUCAACCCACGCUUACAGAAAUUCAAGGAGAAAAUGAUUGCUAAAGGUUACGGUGACUACGAUAUCGAAUGGAAUGUGGAGAACAACGCCCUUCAAAUCUGCAUCAACUAA